GUUAAAAGACCUCCGUCUCCGCCCCCACCGUCCCCUCCAGCUAUCCAUCCACCGUACGUGCAAUGUUUGACUGGAAGAUCAUCAUCACUGCUGUUGUGCUCUACAACGUCCUCGUCGCCAUCCGUCGGAUAUGGUUCCACCCGCUCGCUCGAGUUCCCGGGCCAAAGAUUGCCGCCGCGACGUAUCUCUACCAUGCGUACUGGAAGGUCUGGCGAGAUGGAAGCGUCAACCGUCUUCGUUCGCCCUACAGGAAAGAUCCGGUAGUGUAUUCGUGUCUCGGGCUCCCGCACGCUACCGCCUUCGUCAUCGACCAUGAACGUCAGAAGCGUGGCCGGGAGAUGUUGCACCCGAUGUUUCCGAAGCGGGCAAUCAACGAUGCGACGGGUCUCAUAAAUUCCAUGGUGGAGAAGCUCUGUGUGCUGAUGGAGAGGUUCGCGGACGAAAAGAAACCCGUGCCGAUUGCAAAUGCAUUCUGCUGCGUGGUGAACAUCAUCUCGGCGUACUCGUUCGGCAAGCCUUGGGGAAUGCUGGAUGAGCCGGGCUUCGACAGUCCCUGGGUCGAAAGCGUGCUUUCCAUCACCGACGGCUUUGCUCUCGGCGUGCAUUUCCCGCCCGUCCAAGCUGCAGUAAAGCUUAUGGCGAGGAUCAUGCCGAACGUCAUGCCCGCGCUUUCCGCCGACGCCGCGCGCCAAUCCGCCGGGCUCGCACCUCCCGAAACGCCCCGAACCGUCUACGACGCACUAUUGCACUCCCCCAAGGGCCACGUCCGGCCCCCCUACGAAACCCUGUACAGCACGUGGAACUUCCUGACCAAGUCUGCCGCCGUCCGAGCACGGAUCCUAUCCGAGCUCUCCACCGUCGUGCGCGACGAGAACGGCCGACUGCCGAUGAACCAGCUGGAGGCGCUGCCGUAUCUCAACGGGUUCAUACGGGAAACGCUGCGGAUGAAUACUUCGGCGCCUACGCGGCUCCCGCGUGUCGUGCCACGCGAGGGAUUGAUGUGUCUGGAGUCUAGGGUGUUUCUGCCGGCCGGCACGGUCGUGGCGUUCUCGAUCGAUAUGUUGCAUAAGGAUCCCAGGUGCUUUGAGGAUCCGCUGGAGUUCAGGCCCGAAAGGUGGAUGGGCGAGUGCGGGAAGGAGCUCGAUACCUGGUUGCUUUCGUUCGGGAAGGGGGAUAGCCAAUGCGUGGGGAUCAAGGUCGAUCAUGGGGUAGCACGGCUCAAGGGACGGAUGCAGGUGCUGGCGAAGAGGAAGUCCGAGUGA